CUUGAAAAAAUAUGGUCUUGGAACACUGCAGUGCCAAAAAGUAUUGAGAAAUGUGUCCAUGACCUGUUUGCCGAGCAGGCAAAGGCACAGCCCGAUGCGCCUGCCAUCUGUGCGUGGGACGGCGAGAUGACGUACGGCGAGCUGGAUGCGCUGUCAAGCAGGCUAGCUUAUCACCUCGUGCAGCUCGGCGUCAAGACUGAAGAUAUCGUGCCGCUAUGCUUUGAGAAGUCGAUGUGGACGGUCGUGGCCAUCCUGGCUGUUCUCAAAGCUGGUGGAGCGUUCGCACCCAUGGACCCAGAUCAGCCAGCCAACCGACACCAGGAGAUCCUCAGACAGACAAGCGCUAAAGUUAUGCUUGUAGCUGCACGGCAUUCGGCGCGCUGGAUCAGUUCAGGCUGCCAUGUAGUCAUUGUCAGCGAGGCAUCGAUCGGCCGGCUGCCUGCAGUAGCCAAUAUGGCCCUUUCCCUAGCCACACCAGGGAACGCGGCAUAUGUUCUCUAUACUUCAGGAACCACCGGUGUGCCAAAGGGCGUGGUGGCUGAGCACAGAGCGGUCUCGACCGGCUGCCUCGGUCACGGCCUGGCACCGCCAGCAGCUGUGGGCGUGGAACCAAGACAACACGCGCGCGUUCUUCAAUUUGCGUCAUACGCUUUUGAUGCUUGCAUUGCCGAGAUCAUCACUACGCUUAUGUACGGUGGAUGCGUCUGUGUGCCGUCCGACAGCGACCGGCGCAACAACCUAGCUAAUGCUAUCAACGCUAUGGAUGUCAACUGUGCACUUCUGACUCCAUCUAUAGCACGGCUGCUAGACCCUAGUACCGUCCCUACCCUUAGGAUACUAGUUAUUCAAGGAGAGCAGGUCAGCUUUGCAGACUGGGAUAGGUGGUCAGGCAGUGUUCAGACAAUGAACGGAUACGGACCAACAGAGUGCACUAUCUGCUGCAAUGUAUACGAUAGUAAACAAGGGUUUAAGUCAGGCAUCAUCGGGACGUCGGUUGCUUCAGUAAGCUGGGUGGUGGACCCUGAGAACUAUAACAGGCUUGCGCCGUUAGGGUCAGUUGGAGAGCUACUAGUAGAAGGGCCGAUCCUAGCGCGCAGCUAUCUCAACGACGCAGAGAAGACAUCAGCCGCCUUUGUUAACGAUCCUGCCUGGCUGCUAGAAGGCUGCAGAGGCUAUGGUGGGCGACGUGGAAGACUGUAUAAGACAGGUGACCUAGUUCAAUACGACAGCGAUGGCAACCUGGUCUGCCUAGGCCGCAAGGAUAGCCAGGUAAAAGUCCGUGGCCAGCGAGUUGAGCUUGGCGAGGUCGAGCACUAUGUGCGAGAGUGCCUAUCGGAAGCCAAGCAGUUGGCAGUUGAGGUGAUUGUACCAGGAGAGGGAGGCCGUGCGAUGCUAGCAGCCUUUGUACAGAUCAACAACGAUACUAACAAUGCACUAUUUAUAGAUAGAGGCGUCAAGACCAACUCGAUGGCGCGUGUACUGUUCCUAGCAGAGGUAGAAGCAGAGCUAGCAGAGCGACUGCCUAGGCACAUGGUGCCGACUGUAUUCUUUGCGCUUUCUCAGUUUCCUAUGACAACGUCCGGCAAGACAGACCGCAAGCAACUUCGAAAGAUCGGAGCCUCUUUCACGGCCCAGCAGCUGGCAGAGAUGCGGACGUCUAGCCAGGGGCCAAAGCGGCAGCCAUCAACAGAGGCCGAGCGGAUGAUGCAGCAGCUAUGGGCAUGCGUGCUCAGCAUCGAGCCGGACAGCAUUGGGCUAGACGACAGCUUCUUCCGUCUAGGCGGCGACUCGAUCGCAGCAAUGAAGCUGGUAGGCGAGGCUCGCAGGAUGGGGCAGCAACUCUCUGUCGCAGACAUCUUCCGCCAUCCUCGAUUGGUAGAUGUGGCCUCUACUGUCAUCUGUACCGACUACAGCUCCUCCGCGGCAAUUCUACCCGUUGAUCAUGACGGGCCAGUAGAGCAAUCAUUCGCACAAGGUCGCCUGUGGUUUCUGGAAGAACUCCAUCCUGGUCUGAACUGGUACCUUAUGCCAUUUGCCGUGCGCAUUCGAGGUCCGCUUCAGCUGGAAGCGCUCAACGCUGCACUCCUUGCAAUCGAAAGCCGCCACGAGACGCUGCGGACAUUAUUCGCGACUGAUGGUGGUGUAAGUAUGCAGGUGGUUCAACCAUUCUGCGCCAAACAACUCAACGUCAUCGAACUUCCCCCAGGCGACGAACAUAGUCGCUUAGAUGCAAUCCAGCAGGACCAAAUGACUCCCUUCGACCUGCGCUCGGAGCCGGGGUGGAGAGUAUCAGUCUACCGAUUCAACAAAGACGACUACGUGCUAUCUAUUGUCAUGCACCACAUCGUGUCGGAUGGUUGGUCCGUUGAUGUCCUUACGCGCGAACUGAGUACGUUCUACUCCGCCUCGAUCCGGGGUCAAGAUCCUCUUUCGCAGAUGCAGCCUCUGCCCAUCCAGUACCGCGACUUCUCUCUGUGGCAGCGGCAAGAGGCGCAGGCCGAAGAGCAUGAGAAGCAGCUCAACUAUUGGCUCACGCAGCUACAGACAAGUCGGCCAGCCGAAUUGCUCUGUGACAAGCCCCGACCAGUGACUUUGUCUGGCAAAGCUGAUACAAGAACGCUAGAGAUUGGCGGCCCGCUGUAUGCUAAACUGCAGCAGUUCUGCAAAGUGCAUGGGGUGACACUGUUUGUGGCUUUGCUUGCCGUUUUCAGGACAACGCAUUUCCGCCUUACGGGCCAAGACGACGCAACCAUAGGUACUCUGAACGCUAAUCGAGACCAUUGGGAGCUCAAAGAUAUGAUUGGCUUCUUUGCCAACAUGCAGUGUCUUCGGAUCACGGUAGAAAACGAGUCUUUCGAAGAGCUGGUGCAGCAGGUGCGAGCAGUAGUGGUUGCGUCCCUCGCCAACCAGGACGUCCCCUUCGAGAGCAUUGUCUCAAAGCUCAAGAACGAUAGAGACCUUUCGCAUUACCCGCUCGUCCAGCUUGCCUUCGUCGUACACUCCCAGCGAAAUUUGGGACAGCUGAUGCUAGAAGGCGUGGAAACGGAGGGCCUAGACGACUCAGCAACCUCAAGGUUCGACCUUGAGUUUCACUUUUUCCAGCAUUUGGACGGCCUACAAGGCAACGUUAUAUUCUCGACCGAUCUCUAUGCUCCCGAGACGAUCGAAAACAUGCUCUCGGUAUUCAACAACGUGCUUGAAAUAUGUCUUAGGGAGCCGACUGUGGCGGUUGCGUCUUUGCCACUGUUAACUGACACCGACUAUGCUAAGCUCGAUCUGAUGGGACUCGUUCAAAUUGAAGAAACUCCGUACCCGCGCGAGUCGAGCAUCGUUGACCUAUUCCGUGAGCAAGUUUUCGCUUAUCCGUCCAGGAUUGCUGUCAAAGACUCAUCAGUGGAGAUGACAUAUGCGCAGCUGGAUAAGGCAUCUGAUAUUAUUGCCACGUGGUUAUGCAAGCGAUCGUUUGGCCCUGAGAGCCUGGUAGGCGUGUUUGCGCACAGGUGCUGCCACACAGUUGUUGCGUUUCUGGGCAUACUGAAGGCUGGCCUGGCCUAUCUGCCCUUUGAUGUCAAGACCCCUAGCAAGCGCAUGGAGGCCGUUCUCUCUUCCCUUCCCGGCAAGAGACUCAUCUUUGUAGGGGCUGGUCUGCAACCUCCUAACAUCAAGCUAAAUGACAUCGUUUUUGUUCAUAUCGCGGAGGUUCUAGACGAGAGAACCGACCAAGGGCCAGGUUCUUCGCAAUUACCGACUGCUCCCUUCGCGCCUUCAGCCUCCAGUCUUGCAUAUGUAAUGUUUACCUCGGGGUCGACAGGCAAGCCUAAGGGGGUCAUGGUGGAGCAUCGUGGUGUUGUGCGUCUGGCACGAGACAACAACCUUGUGCAGCAUCUGCCAGUCCCGCCCAUCAUGGCGCACAUAUCGAAUCUUGCUUUUGAUGCGUCCACGUGGGAGAUCUACGCCUCUCUUUUGAACGGCGGAACGCUCGUCUGCAUUGACGCAAUAUCAGUUUUGGACCCGGUCGUUGUGCUUCAGAUUGUCAAUCAGUCCGGCAUUCAGGUGGCCAUUCUCACCCCAGCGCUUUUCAGACAGUACGUUUCCGAAUCUCCAAUGGUAGUUGCCGCACUCAAGUUGCUCUGCGUAGGAGGUGAAGCAUUGCAUCCGGAAGACUUUUUUGCAGCACAGAGCGUCCUCAAAGGCAGGCUGAUUAAUUGCUAUGGUCCCACGGAAAACACAUGCAUCAGCACAAUGUUCGUGAUGACCAAAGACGCGCAAUACACCAAUGGUGUGCCUAUCGGGCGCGCGCUCAGUAACUCUGGAGCCUACGUCAUGGACUCAAAACUGCGACUUGUCCCUCUCGGAGUUAUCGGAGAGCUCGUGGUCACGGGUGAUGGAUUAGCGCGGGGUUAUACCGAACCCAAGCGGAAUGCUGAUCGUUUUGUUUCUGUUGAAAUCGCCGGACGAACAGUCAAAGCUUACCGGACAGGCGACUAUGUGCGCCAUCGCCCUAGUGAUGGCCAGCUGGAGUUCUUUGGUCGGAUGGAUGGACAAGUCAAGAUCUGGGGACAGCGCAUCGAGUUAGGAGAGAUCGAGCAUGUCCUCCGCAGCCACAGAUCUGUGGCAGACGCGGUAACCAUCUUACAACAUCACGACGCUAACGAAGUCCAGCUAGCUGGAUUUGUCACUAUGCACGAGGAUGCUAUAACUAGUGAGCAGCCUAGCGACGGUGGUAAUGACGAAGCGCAGCAUGUAGAUGUAUGGGAGGAGCAGUUCGAUACCAAGACCUAUGCUUCAAUGAAUAACCUUCGACCUGAGGCCAUUGGCCGAGACUUCAUUGGAUGGACGUCCAUGUACGAUGGCAGCGAGAUCGACAAGAUCGAGAUGAACGAGUGGUUGGACGACACAAUCACCACGAUGCUCAAUGGCCGUCGACCGGGCCAUGUUCUUGAGGUUGGAUCCGGGACCGGCAUGAUCCUGUUCAACUUGGGCGAUGGCCUGGAAAGCUAUGUCGGACUCGACCCAUCGUGGAACGCAGUAGAAUUCGUCGCGAAAACAGUCAAAUACAUUCCUGUGCUAGCGGACAGGGUGCGUAUGCAUAAGGCUACAGCAGUAGAUCUUAGUCGACUCGAAGGGCUAACUGAUGCAAACCUUGUCGUCAUAAAUUCGGUUGUCCAGUAUUUUCCUAGUCAGGAGUAUCUGUUUAAGGUCGUGCAAGAGCUGCUUGCGCUUGAUGGCGUGCAGACGCUCUUCUUUGGCGACAUCCGCUCUUAUGCUCUAUAUCAGGAGUUUCUGGCCACCCGGGCACUACACAUAGCUGGAGAUAAGACAACCAAAGCCGAACUUCGACGCAUGAUGGCCGACAUGGAGCGCGUUGAACGGGAGCUGCUGGUUGACCCGGCCUUCUUCACUGCCCUACCGAGUCGGCUACCGGACUUGGUGGGGCACGUCGAGAUCCUGCCCAAGAAGAUGAAAGCGACGAAUGAACUGAGUUGCUACCGCUAUGCCGCCGUUGUCCACGUCAGGGGAAGAGGUCGAAAGGAGGAAGAGAUUCGACAUGUCGGAGAACAGGAAUGGAUUAAUUUCACGGAGCGCAAGCUCGAUCGCAAGUCACUGAAGCAGCAACUAAAGACUCUCUCAAACUCGCCUACGAUCGCUAUAAGCAACAUUCCCUACAGCAAGACUAUUGUGAGUCGCUGCCUUGUCGAGUCGUUGGAUGAUGUGGCCGCAGACACGCUCGGCCACCAGGACUGGCUGUCUUCUGUGUACCAGAAAGCGCAGCGUAUCUCUUCUUUCUCUGCUACCGACUUAGUGGAGCUAGCUCAAGAAGCAGGCUGUCGCGUUGAGAUCAGUUGGAAUAGACAGUACUCGCAACACGGUGGCCUAGACGCCAUCUUCUAUCAGCAUACACCAAAAUGCGGGGAGAGCCGAGCGAUGUUCCGCUUCCCUACCGAUCAUUUUGAACGGCCAAUUCACAGCCUAAGCAGCAAACCGUUGUGGCAACAGACAGCAGAGAAAACUCAACAGCAGCUCCGAAAGAUGUUGCAAGCCCAGCUACCUGCAUAUAUGGUUCCCCAGACGAUCACUGUGCUACAAGCAUUGCCGAUUAACCAGAAUGGUAAGAUAGAUCGUAAUACGCUUUCGCAGUGGAGACAAAAACAAAUGGCCCUGCGAAAGCCGGUGCACCAGCCAUCGACAGAGGCCGAGCGGAUGAUGCAGCAGCUGUGGGCGCGCGUGCUCAGCAUCGAGCCGGACAGCAUUGGGCUAGAAGACAGCUUCUUCCGUCUAGGCGGCGACUCGAUCGCGGCCAUGAAACUGGUGAGUGAGGCUCGCAAGACGGGCCUGCAGCUUUCUGUCGCAGAUAUCUUCCGCCAUCCUAACCUCGCAGCCUUGGCCAACCAGGAUACUCAGCAGUGUAGCACCGUGGCAGAAGAGGUGCCUGCCUUUUCUCUACUAGGUGAAGAUGUAGAUUCUGUGCAAGUUUGCGAGGAUGUAGCUGCUGUAUGCAGCGUCGACGCGAGCGUCAUCGAGGACGUCUACCCUUGCUCGCCCUUGCAAGAAGGCCUAAUGUCGUUGACGGCUAAGCGAGCAGGUGACUAUAUCAUGCAGAGCGUGUUAGAGCUGCGGGCCGAUAUAGACGAGGAUACCUUCCGAGCUGCCUGGCAACAAGUAGCGUGGUCAACAGCCGCCUUGCGCACGCGCAUCGUGCAACACAGCGAACUUGGCCUGCUACAGGUUGUUGUGGCAGAAGACAUCCAGUGGAUCGAGGUUAAGGGUCUAGAAGAGUAUCUUAAGGAGGACAAGGCAGCCUCGAUGGGGCUGGGCGACCCGCUUGUACGCUACGCACUCGUUAAGGAACACUACAGCGGGAGGCGCUGGUUUGUAUGGACGAUUCAUCAUGCGCUAUACGACGGCUGGUCCCUACCUCGGAUCCUGCAUGCAGUUCAGCAGGUCUACAGCGGUGCCGCACUGGAAAAACAACCCAGCUUCAAUGCUUUCAUCCAGUACCUCAACCAGCAAGACCAGGAGGUGGCCACGUCGUACUGGCAGACGGCCCUUGCUGGCUGCGAGGCGGUCCUAUUUCCGCCGCUGCCGUCGACGGUUGUGCAGCUAGUUGCAGACACGACGGUCGAGUGCCAGUGUCCGCUGCUCUCCAAAACGACCUCAGAUACAACGAGGUCAACGCUUAUCCGCGCAGCGUGGGCGAUUGUUGCCAGUCGCUACACUAGCUCAGACGAUGUAGUGUUUGGCACCACCGUCACAGGACGCAAUGCGCCUGUUGCUGGCAUUGAUGCUAUGCUCGGACCUACGAUUGCAACUGUGCCGGUGCGAGUGCGCGUACAGGAUCAUCAGACUGUGUCCUCCUUUCUACAAGGCUUGCAGCAACAGGCUACAGAGAUGAUCGCACACGAACAGACAGGCCUGCAGCGCAUCGCCAAGAUGGGGCCAGGCCCCCAACACGCCUGCGGCUUCCAGACGCUGUUCGUCGUGCAGCCCGCAGAUAAUGUGCUUAGUAGUGAUGACACGCUUGGAGAGUGGCGCAGCCGCUCAGAGUUACAGGGCUUUACAACAUACGCGCUAAUAGUGCAAUGCACGCUGGCGGCAGAGGGAGUACAGAUCAUGGCGAGCUUCGAUAGACGCGUCAUCGAGCAGUGGACAGUAGAGAAGAUGCUUGCCCAGUUCAGCUUUGUUAUGCUGCAGCUAGCCGAGGCGAGCGCAGAUAGUAAGGUGGCAGAAAUCGACACUAUCACGCCAGCAGACCGCCAGCAGCUGUGGGCGUGGAACCAAGACGUACCACCCACAGUCGAACGAUGUGUGCACGACCUGUUUGCCGAGAAGGUAAAAGCACAGCCCGAUGCGCCUGCUAUCUGUGCGUGGGACGGCGAGAUGACGUACAGCGAGCUGGACGCGCUGUCAAGCCAGUUGGCGGGCUACCUGGUGCAGCUCGGUGUCAAGGGCGAAGAAGUGGUGCCGCUGUGUUUCGAGAAGUCGAUAUGGACCGUUGUAGCCAUGCUGGCCGUGCUCAAGGCCGGUGGCGCCUUCGUACCACUCGACCCAGAUCAUCCAACAAGCCGGCACGAAGAGAUCUUCGGGCAGACUCGUGCGGAAAUAAUGCUUACAUCGGCCCAGUACGCAAACAUUGGGGACAAGUUAUGUCGCCAUGUAGUUACGGUCAGCGAGGCAUCGAUGAGCCAGCUGCCGAAACAUGACAGGCAGCUCCCUCACACACAGCCCACGAGCACGGCAUACGUCAUAUUCACCUCUGGAAGCACAGGUGAGCCUAAGGGAUGCAAGGUUGAGCAUAGGUCUUCUUGCACCGCAAUUGUACAGCAUGGGCCUUCUUUGCAAAUGAGCAUUAGCACCCGCUCGCUGCAGUUUAGCUCGUUCAGCUUCGCAGGAUGCGUAAUAGAGAUGUUUCUCUCUUUAGUACAUGGGAGCUGCAUAUGCAUUCCCUCUGAUGAAGAGCGCCGAGUCGGGCUGGCGCCAGCCAUGUCAAGGAUGGCCGUCAACUGGGCCUUUCUUACGCCCACUGUCCUGGACACCAUCGGUGGCCUGGAGUCAGUUCCAUCCUUGACGACUCUCUGCAUUGGUGGAGAGCCGAUACGUGGCUCACAAAUAAAGCAGUGGGAGGGUCGUGUGCAUUUGCGACAGACCUAUGGAAGUAGCGAGUUGUCCGGCCUCGUUUCGUCGGCAAGAUUGACGAGUGCCUCCACCACUAAGGAUGUGGGCAAGGCUACCACGGCUGUCUACUGGAUUGUAGAUGCUAACAACCACGACCGCCUCGCACCGCUAGGGGCUGCUGGCGAGCUGCUCGUUGAAGGGGCUGUGCUGGGUCGAGGAUAUACAGACGAGGUCGAGAAGACGGCUGCGACCUUCAUUGAAACUCCAGAGUGGAAGGGUUCCUUUUGCAAGAGUCAGUCUCGGUUUUACAAGACUGGCGAUCUUGCAAGGUACAAGGAAGACGGGUCUAUCGAGUUGCUGGGGCGCAAGGACACUCAGGUCAAGCUGCGCGGCCAGCGCAUCGAGCUCGGAGAAAUCGAACAUCAGGCCCGGCUUUCGGCAGCAGCUGGGGUGAUGGACUUGGCCGUAGAGCUGAUCAGACCCGAAGACAAGGAUGACAUGCUGGCCUGUUUCGUUGUUGUCGAGAGUAGUAGAGGCCAAGAAGAGACAGACGAUAAAGCCUGGUCGGCAACACGCGCACAGGCUGCUGCACAGGUAAUCCAGGACCGGCUCGAGCAGUUUCUACCGCAGUACAUGGUGCCCAAGCUGUUCGUUCCGCUCACACAGCUGCCGACAACAGCGACCGGCAAGACGAAUCGCAGGCGACUGCGGGAGAUCGGAGCCUCUUUCACGGCCCAGCAGCUGGCUGAGAUGCGGACGUCUAGCCAAGGCCCCAAGCGGGAGUCGUCGACAGAGGCCGAGCGGAUGAUGCAGCAGCUGUGGGCGCGCGUGCUCAGCAUCGAGCCGAACAGCAUUGGACUGGACGACAGCUUCUUCCUCUUGGGCGGCGACUCGAUCGCAGCAAUGAAGCUGGUGGGUGAGGCUCGCAAUGUAGGGCUGCAGCUCUCUGUCGCAGAUAUCUUCCGUCACCCCAAGCUCGCAGCCUUGGCCAGCCUGGAGACCAAGCAGUGUAGCACUGCAAUUGAAGAGGUACCUGCCUUCUCUCUUCUCUCACCUACCAUCAAGGACGCAAUUUUCUCAGCAGGCAAGCCUUUUGGUUGUUCCCUGCCCAUAGACAACGUCAUGGACGUCGUCCCGGCUUCCUAUAUGCAAGAGUCUUUCAUUAGGAAAGGCGUUCGCGCUCCUCGAGAAGCUUUCAACUACUUCUUUAUAGACCUAGGCACUGCCGUGGAUGUCCAAGUCCUCGAAGCUAGUUGCUGUGCACUUAUAGAUCACUUCGCGAUCCUUCGCACUCACUUCGUUUACUUCCAAGACAAGUUAUUCCAGGUCGUCCCUCGCCAUCAGGACCUGCCGUUUUCGACCUUCGAAGUCGAUGGACCACUCGCAGAAGAGUCGCAGGCUAUACACAUGCAAGAUGUCGUCCAAACGUCUCCACUCGGACUUCCAACCUCUUUCAUGCUCGUUCGAACUGCCUUGGGGACGAAUCGGCUAAUCAUUCGCUUGUCGCACGCCCAAUACGAUGGUGUCUGCCUCCCAAUCAUGUUGAGAGCGCUCAAAACUAUCUAUGAGCAGCAGCCCUUGCAUCCUACGACUAGCUUUCACAACUAUCUUGCAUAUAUUCGUGGUCGACAUUCGCUGUCCAUCCCUUACUGGCGCGACCUUCUUGCAAGCUCACACAUUACCAACAUCACCUCCAAACUCCGUUCCGAGGCACGCAAAGACACUGCCCUUCGUCUGGUUAAGGCAGAAAGAGUCAUGCGCACGCCCCAACUUCCUGCAGGUCUCACUAUGGCCUCCCUCGUCAGUUCCGCUUGGGCUGUGGUGCUUUCUCAUAUCAGUGGUGAAGAAGACGUCGUAUAUGGACUGUUAGUUGCUGGCCGCAACUCCAACUUACCAGGUAUCACAGAAUUGAUGGGCCCUUGUUUGAAUUUUGUGCCUUUCAGGGCCCAUCCAGGUUCGACUAUAACAGCUGCGGAACUCCUUCGGUCUGUGCAGGAUCAGUACAUCUCGCUUGGCGAGUCAGACUCGAUGGGAUUUGACGACAUAGUCCAACACUGCACUAACUGGCCACGCAAUUCAGAAUUCGACUCCUUCAUUCAACACCAAAAUAUUGAGGAGGAACCUGAAUUUCAAUUCGCUGGAGAGGCUACUAAGCUUCAAUGGAUGAAGAAUCCUUUUGCAGUACCUCGCCAACUGGCAGUCGUGUCAUACCCAAGAGGUGAUAACCUGACCAUUAAAAUAGUUGGUAACACCAGCAUUUUGACAGACCAGUGUGCAGAGAAUCUGCUUGCGAUGAUUUGCAACGCGAUCAUACAGCUCUCAGGUAACCUCGAGAUAUCUCUAGCGGCGUGUAAAGCGUCGUUGCCAGCAUGCACAUAAAAUGAUGAGUAAAGAGCUGCGCGGCUUAACGGUGACAUUAGCAUACUUGGCAACUGAUGUGCAACAUGUCCACAGGUGCUUAUCAGCGAGCGUUUGCAACUGGCUACUUUUCUGAUGUUCACAUUUGAUUGUAGCUAACGCUAAUAUCUCAUGCUUGUCUAUUUCAUUAGCGCAUAUAUGUAGUUAUAACUAUCUGAUUUAUAUAUUUUCAUGUGAAAUGUCACAACAUACUGUGC